AUGGGUUUAUUAAUCGAUUCUGAAAAAGCCAGUUUCACUCUUGAUCCAAUUAUCCAAAAACAGAGUGUGAUUUCUGAUAUUGAAGUAGAACAUAAAACCAGCAAAAGUAAAUUAUAUUAUUUAAAAUAUCCGCUCCAAAAAGGUGAGGAAUAUUUAAUAAUUGCCACCAGUCGGCCCGAAACCAUUUUCGCCGACGUGGCUCUGUUUGUUAAUCCUAAAGACAACCGCUUUCAAAAAUAUCUCAACCAGUCCGUAAAACAUCCAUUUACGGAAAAAAUUAUUCCCAUUUUGGCAGAUGAAAAUAUCAGAACCGAUUUUGGCACAG